AUGUUGAACAGUUCAAGUCGAACCAUCAAAGUCGACGAUACAGAUCCUCACAUAGUCUACAAUGGAGGGCCAUGGGUAUUGGACAACGGGAGUCAGAGUAAACUGGGGAACUUUGGCCUGCCCUAUCAGAACACUUUGCACGGCUUAAAGAAGGGAAGUGGGAGCCUGUCAUAUAGCUUUGAAGGAUCAGCUGUAAUGGUUUAUGGGACGAUGAAUAUACGCAACACCUCAGGAGUCAUUGACCCCAAAUGGUCAUGUUUUAUAGACGGGGUCGCCAUUCCAACCGUCCCACCGUUCCAAUAUCCUGAGAACAACUACCCACUCUGUGAACAAAGCCAACUUUCUGAUGGGGACCAUACCAUUAUUGUGAGCGCGACGAGCAAUGGCCAACCUUUUUGGUUCGACGACAUCGAGUAUACACCUUCCCUUGGUGUAUCAUUGGAUAACGCGACUAUCGUCGUCGAUCAUAUGGACCCCUAUAUACAAUACGGUCCAGGCUGGUUGCCUCUGGGCGACACGGCGAACAUGACAAGCACCAAUGGUGCACAAAUGAAUCUCCAGUUCACGGGGGUCGGUCUAAGCUGGGUAGGGUUUAUCCCAACAGAGCUUCCUCAUGAACCAGCUCCCGCAUUGUACACCGUAGACGAUCUAUCUCCAGUUGCUUUUGUUCUUCCGGGUCUACCUUCAAACUCAUCCACACUCUUCAAUCAAGUAUUUUUCGCGACACCAGCUCUUCCGUAUGGCCCUCACAACCUGACCGUUGUAUAUCAAGGAGGAAACACUCUCACCCCUCUCACCCUCACCGAUUUACUCAUACAAAACGGAUCUCCCUUGGUCUCGGGGGUCAACACCACAAGUACCGCCGCCAACAACACACAUCCAGGAGUAUCAAAGGCGACGGCGUCCACUCGCGCGCGAGCUGGACCCAUUGUUGGUGGCGUCUUUGGAACCAUACUCGCUGUUCUCUUGCUUGCCAUCCUAUUUAUUUUUGCGCGCAGAUGGUAUCGCCGUUACAAGAAACCCGUUCUACGACCUACACCAGGAUAUGCACACUCUUUCGAUCCCACAGCUCCGUUAGACAUGGAGAUGGAAAACCGACGUUCACUUGCCCCUUCAAUCAUCACACAGGACCCUCGAUACCCAACUUUCACACCAGGAAUACACCAUGAUACCCAGUCGACUGUGACUUUCGAUCCUCCACCGCUGCACCCUGCUGCACAGACAGAAAGUAACCCCACAUCGUCCUACAUUUCACAAUCAAAUUAUCAGAAUCUCAAACCAGCUUAUACGGUGGCCUCUGGCUCCGCUGGAUAUCCAUAUGCUUCAGUUGGUAUAGGCGCUUUCCACCAAGCCCUCUUUUUAAGCAAGAGUCAGGAGGUUGCCUCCGGCUCAAGAAUGCGGGACAGCUAUAUGUGA